AUGUGACUGUUGCUGUUACUGUUGCUGCUGUAAUAUCCCAAUACAGCAAUUGAAUAUGAUGAAGAAUAUGAGGACGUUACUGUCAAUCAAAUGCUUGCUCCAAGAAGUCAGGAGACAGACGCAACUCUGAUACUUAAUAAUUUACUGAAAGACUAUGAUAAGAAUCUUCGGCCAGAUAUCGGGGGUAAGCCAACAAUGGUUGAUGUGGACAUAUAUGUGAACAGUAUAGGACCAGUUUCAUCAAUUGAUAUGGAGUACCAAAUUGACAUUAUAUUCGCCCAGGCGUGGACAGACACGCGUUUGAGGUACAACAGCACCAUGAAACUGCUGACCCUCACCAGCAACGUGGUGGGACUCAUAUGGAUACCGGACACCAUCUUCCGCAACUCCAAACGCGCCGAAGCUCACUGGAUCACCACUCCCAAUCAACUCCUAAGGAUAUCAAACGACGGAAGGAUACUGUACACGCUGAGGAUGACCAUCAAUGCGGAAUGCCAGCUGCAGCUGCACAACUUCCCCAUGGACAAGCACUCCUGCCCCCUCAGCUUCUCCAGCUACGGUUACCCUCGAGAGGAGGUGAUUUACAAGUGGAAGAGGAACUCAAUUGAUCUCUCUGACCAGAAGUCCUGGCGCCUCUACCAGUUUGAUUUCACGGGCCUCAGGAACACAUCAGACGUCAUGACAACAACAGCAGGCGAUUAUGUGGUGAUGACAGUCUACUUUGAUCUGAGUCGACGCAUGGGCUACUUCACCAUCCAGACCUACAUUCCCUGCAUCCUCACGGUCGUCCUCUCCUGGGUGUCCUUCUGGAUCAAUAAGGACGCUGCUCCCGCAAGAACAGCCCUGGGAAUCACUACUGUACUGACCAUGACAACACUGAGCACUGUGGCGAGGACAUCUCUUCCCCGUGUCUCCUACGUCACGGCCAUGGACCUCUUUGUGACCGUCUGCUUCCUGUUCGUGUUCGCCUCGCUGAUGGAGUACGCCUUCCUCAACUACUACUGCUACCGCGCCCAGAAGCCAAAGUUCGGAGCCAAGUCCGAGAGGCCGGCCUACUCCUCGCUCAGCCUCAACCCAUCCCUGAGUUGUUCGCCGACCCUCAUCACCCUCAACAACUCUAUGUACUGGCAGGAGUACGACGACACCUGCCUCUACGAGUGCCUGGACGGUAAGGACUGCAAGAGCUUCUUCUGCUGCUAUGAGGAGUGCAAGGACGGGGACUGGCGCAAAGGACGCAUCCACAUCGACAUCAACGAGCUCGACUCCUACUCCCGGGUCUUCUUUCCCACCUCAUUUAUACUGUUCAAUAUUGUCUACUGGGUGGGUUACCUCUAUCUUUAGGAGCUGGAUAAUGAUUUCACCCCCCACCCCCCACCCCUCCCUGUAUUGAUUUGGACUUCAAAAAGGAAGAAACUGUGAUCCC